AUGGCGAAGCUCCAAGCCACAGCAGUACCUCAGCUGAAAGCCCAGAUUUAUGCUGUGACAGGGGAGCCCGAUGGGGUCCCGGGCAUCGCCUUCGCCGCUGUGAAUAAAUCCGGCGACGUGAUCUUCGAGCACGCUUCUGGCAAGCUUGGCUUCGGCCGACCAGAGCCAAUGAAGCUGGACAGCAUCUUCUGGCUCGCGAGCUGCACGAAGAUGAUCACAAGCAUUGCCUGUAUGCAGGUAAUUGAGAGGGGUUUGCUCAAGCUGGAUGAUGUCGAGCUAGUUGAGAAGCUGUCCCCUGAGCUGAAAGCCGUGCAAGUCCUCCAGGAUGACGGCACAUUGGUGCCCAAAGAGAGAGGAAUCACGCUUAGAAUGCUGUUGACCCAUACAUUUCACCGUACUUACCACAAGAUCCUCAGCCAGCCUCUUCUGCACCAGCCUGGUGAGAGGUGUGAGUACGGCAUCAGCAUUGACUGGGUUGGCCUCCUGGUUGAGCGUGCCACUGGCGUCUCCUUGAACGACUACUUCCAGGAGAACAUAUUCGCUCCUCUGAACAUCAAAGAACUAAAUAUGUUCCCAACCCCUGAGAUGCUCUCCAGGCUGUGCUUUAUGAACAAGCGCGCCUCAGACGGCAAGGUCUCGCUCAAUGAAUACGGCCACCUCAGUCGCAGCCAAUUCUUGGCGCAUACGCCCGAGGAGAAGAAAGUACUCUUCAACCAUGGUGGCCAUGGCUUGUUCGGUCGCCCCAGUGAGUAUUUGCAGAUCAUUUCUAUGCUUCUGAACGAUGGCACGUAUCCUAAGACGGGGAACAAGAUCCUGGAAAAGGAGACGGUCAAUGAGAUGUUCACGAAUCAGAUCCCACAGUUCCCGGAUUUUGGGCGACAAGACAGCCACACGCAUUCCAAGGGUACGGCCUGGGGGGCAGGUCUACCGAAUGCGUUCUGGUGGUGUUAUCGCCAACGCGGCAUCGGAGGCAUGAUUGCGGCACAGAUCUUGCCGUAG